CUCAAGGAGCAGGUUUUGAUGUUCCUGUAAGUUUUCUAACAACUGAUUUGUGUUCUCAGCAGGUGGGACUGGUAGCCUUGUGGCGGAGGUGGAGUUAGGGCACCUGUAGACUGAGGGGUGGGGCCACGUGAGCGCGCUGCCGGUGAUUAAGACAGGACGGUGCAGGGGUGCGGCGUUUGGCUCAGCUGUUCCGGAUUUAUCCCAAGUGGACUUUGUCGUGAGGGUGACGGGGAGCCCCGCCGUUAUACGAUAGCAGUAAGCUGCUGCCAGAGCAGCGCCCUGUGCUGCAAUCCUGCUACGGGACGGCGCGGGAGCAGAGCCCCAAGGAGUCGAUGGAUUUGAGGGGCUACCAAAAGGUGCUAUGGCGUGUCAUCCUGUGCCAUCUCUUUACUGUACUCACUGCCGGUCUGCCUCUCAUUCUGUUUCAUUGGAAGCCUCACAUUGCUGUCUUUAUCAAGUGCCACUCAUGCACAUUGCACCAAGCUGACUAUGUCAUCAUCCAGGAUUCUUCGGGGCAGUGGUAUACUAUUGACAUCAUCACAGAAGAGACUGAUGAAGAAAGUGUGGUGCAUCCUGGAAUUGACCUAGAAGAGGAUGAUUGGCGAGACACAGUGCAGCUUCACAAAGAGCAGAAAACAGUCCUUCGUUAUUAUACCUUUGAAGGAAUGCGCUACAUAUGGAUGCCAAAAAAAGGAGGCUUCUACAAAGUGAGCACACUUGAUGAAAACUGGACCAUUGGAGAUGUUCACAGACGAAAGAAAGGACUCAGCCUGCAGGACCAGGCCUCCAAGAGGAAAAUAUAUGGACAAAAUCUGAUAGACGUGCCAGUGAAGUCUUACUUCUCUCUCCUUAUCGAUGAGGUGCUGAACCCAUUUUACCUUUUCCAGAUUUUCAGUAUUAUCCUGUGGAUGUGUGAUAACUAUUAUUACUAUGCAGUGUGCAUCUUUAUAAUUUCAGUCAUUUCCAUCGGUAUUUCUCUUUAUGAAACCAGAAAGCAAAGUAUCACUUUGAGGAACAUGGCUCAUCUUACAACAAAGGUUACGAUAUUGAGAGCAACUGGAGAGCAGGCGACUGUAAGCUCCUUAGACCUGGUUCCAGGUGAUUGCCUUCUUGUGCCACAUGAAGGGAUACUCCUGCCCUGUGAUGCUGCCCUGCUCUCAGGAGAGUGUAUGGUUAAUGAGAGCAUGCUGACAGGUGAGAGUGCUCCAGUGAUGAAGACUCCUUUGCCUUUUGGCCCACAAGCCAUUAACAAAAUAUACUCUCCCAAUGAGCAGAAGAGACACACGCUUUUUUGUGGUACUCAUGUCAUUCAGGCCAAAGCAUGGGACAACAACAGAGUGUUGGCUGUGGUAGUACGAACAGGGUUUUACACAGCAAAGGGAGAUCUAAUCAGCUCCAUUCUAUACCCCAAACCAGUCAGUUUCCGUUUUUAUCAAGACUCCAUGAAGUUUGUGCUGUUCCUUGGAAUUCUGGCUCUCAUUGGCACAGUUUACAGCAUGGUAAUUCUAAGUCAAAAUAAGACCAGAUGGGAGACACUUAUCACCCGAGCACUGGAUCUCGUGACCAUCAUUGUACCACCUGCUCUGCCCGCUGCCAUGACUGCUGGUACCAUUUACUCUCAAAACCGACUGAAGAAGCAUGGAGUGUUUUGCAUUAGCCCUCCACGCAUCAAUGUCUGCGGAAAAAUUAAGCUCUUCUGUUUCGACAAGACAGGCACACUGACAGAAGAAGGGCUUGAUAUCUGGGGUGUGGUUCCUGUUAGUCAACAAGACUUUCAGGAGCUUGUUCCAGAACCCAGAAUACUCCUGCAGUCUCCAUUGCUAAGCUGCAUGGUCUGCUGCCAUACAGUCGCCCUCCUGUCAGACCGAUGUAUUGGAGAUCCUCUCGAUCUGAAGAUGAUUGAGUCAACUGGCUGGAUUCUCACAGAGCCUUCUGGAGAGGAAGACAUAGCCAAAGUGGAGCAGCAGUUUGGGAUGAAAGUGGUAUGUGUGAUGAGACCCCCAGAUAUUCAGGAUCAGCAUCAUGGCACUGAGCUUAGAGACCCUAUUGGAAUUGUCAAGCGCUUCCCUUUCUCUUCCAAUCUGCAACGAAUGAGCGUGCUCUCGAAAAAGCCAGGUGGCCCACUGGAGGCUUAUCUGAAGGGAUCACCUGAGAUGGUAGCCAGUCUUUGCAAGAGAAAUUCAGUUCCCCAGAAUUUCACAGAGACACUUAAGCAGUUUACCAGAGAUGGCUUUCGGGUGUUGGCGCUAGCGUACAAGGAAAUGACGGAUGUUACAGUGGACCCCCAAGAGGUAGAGAGAGAGUCUGUUGAGAAUGACAUGGUGUUCCUGGGACUUCUGGUAAUGAGGAAUGUUCUCAAACCUGAGACCGCUCCUGUGAUAUCCACUCUACGGAAUGCCAAAAUCCGCAUCGUCAUGGUGACAGGAGAUAAUAUACUGACUGCAGUGAAUGUGGCCCAAAACUGUGGAAUGGUAGCGACAGGAGACCGGAUCAUCUUUGUGCACGCAUCUCCCCCAGUACAUCAUAAGCCUGCCACACUUAAGUUUCUCCUGGCAGAGUCUGGAGCCUAUGGGCAGGACAGUGCAGAGGUGAUCACACAGGGCUUAUACCAACAAGGGAGUCAUUUCCUUGACCAAGGGCCAUACCACCUCGCACUGAAUGGGAAGUCAUUUGCUGUACUGUGUGAACAUUUUAGAAACAUCCUUCCCCAGAUCCUGGUACAAGGCUCCAUUUUUGCCCGGAUGGCACCUGAGCAGAAGACGCAGCUAGUUGAAGAACUCCAGGCACUCAACUACUGCGUGGGGAUGUGCGGAGAUGGUGCCAAUGACUGUGGAGCCCUAAAGGCAGCAGAUGUGGGAAUCUCCCUCUCGGAGGCUGAGGCCUCUGUUGCAUCCGCUUUCACAUCGAAGAUUGACAACAUUGAGUGUGUUCCGCUAAUCAUUCGGGAAGGCCGCUGUUCUCUCAUAACCUCCUUUGGACUCUUCAAAUACAUGGCCAUGUACAGCCUCAUCCAGUUCAUGUCUGUGCUCAUUCUGUAUUCUAUUAACACAAACCUAGGAGAUUUUCAGUUUUUGUACAUUGACCUAAUCAUUACCACCUCCAUUGCUCUUCUGAUGGGUAAAACGGGCCCUGCCAAGGAACUUUGCCCUGAGCGGCCACAGGGUAGCCUAAUUAGCAUCCCAGUUCUGGGCAGCCUUCUCCUGCAGACCUUUCUUGUCCUAGGCAUCCAGAUAGGUUGCUAUUUUAUUACCACCUCUGAGGACUGGUUUGUUCCAGUUAAUGCAACAUCUCUUUUUCCUAAAAACCUCCCCAACUAUGAAAACACUGCCCUUUUCUGUGUGUCAGGAUAUCAGUAUCUAAUAGUGGCCGUAGUUCUUUCCAAAGGAUAUCCAUUUCGGAAGCCCCUCUACACAAAUGUAAUCUUUUUGCUGGUUCUGUUGGUGCUUUUUGGACUCAUGGUUUGGAUCACCUUGCAUCCUGCAUAUUUCCUUCUGAUGAUUUUGCAACUGAAGGAGAUAGACGACAUGAACUUCAAGCUACUCCUGAUAGGAUUAUGUGCUCUCCAUUUUAUCUGUGCAUUCAUGCUGGAGAUGGCGAUAGACUAUGGAAUGCUCAAUUGCCUACGUCGCCUGCGUGGACAGAACGAAUCAAAGAAAGCAUACAAACGUCUUGAACUGUACCUCAAACAGCAGCCAUCAUGGCCCCCGUUAGAGCAGGUCAUCCAAGCUAAGCCUGGCAUCACCAUACACAUCAGCUAGCAGGCUUGGGGGGAAAAAAACACAUUUGGACAGUAAGACAACCAGUUAUCCAUUCCUUCAUUUUAAUUUAAGGAAAAUAAAAGACAAGAAAAAGAGUUGAAUAUCAUGGUGAGCUGAAAAUGACUUUUCUCCUGUGGUAUGGUUGCCAUGCCUCAACUUCUUUCUAUUUUAAGCCACAGUUUAGCACAGCAAUCGCACAGCACUGGUCAAUAUCCCAGUGUUUUCACGGCUGUGCCAGAAGUGCUUUCCUGUGGGAUUGCCCACUGUGGAGACAUCUUAUCUAAAAACCUUUCCAUCCGUUUGGCAAUGGCUUUGGUUCUAAAAUGAUAGAAUCUACCGUCUGGCUGGGCUCUGUUUUCACAAAGUGGAGGCACACGCCAGCAGCUCAGGCCAAGGAUGCUGGGUUGGCUUUAAUCAUCACUGUAUACUAUGUGUGUUGCUGCUACACUCCAUCUUAACAGGCCGUGCACUGUAUUUAAUUGGACUGUGCCAUUUUACCCCCUAUGUGAAGGUUUUGUUAAGUGCUGGGGGGUUUGGGGGGGUUCUACUUAAGUGCUACAGAACGACUCCCCCAUUCUGUAAUGAGACCAGGGUGUGGUGAUCCAGCUGCUUGAUUUUGCCUUUUUUUUAAUUUGUAAACAGUUUUAUUUAGAAAUAAGAUACACUGGAAAACUACUUUGAGAUCACCAGGGGACUCCUCCUAAGCCAGCUCCAAGCAAUUUUGGACUGAGGAUGCUUGGAAUUUCUGAGAAACCGAGACUAGUAGUUUUUUUUUUUUUUCCUUUAACCUAAUCAGUGAAGUUUUUGUACUUUUGUGUCUGAAUCCCCCAUCCUGCUGGCCUGUAGUUUUCCACAUUGGAGCAAAUGACUGGGGGCUGGGAAUUUUCUUUUUUUUUUUCUGGUCUCCUUCCAAUCCAACUCUCUAUGCCAGGCCUGCUUUUCAUUGACUUCUUCACCUGUUUCCUAGAAAUUUAGCAAAGAAAUGCAGUGUGUUCCAGUAGUUUAGUCAAUUAGACCGUUUCAAGUCUACUCAGCUCACUUGUUAAGAGAAACAGAGCAGUUAUUUUUCUCCUCUGCCAAUAUACUCUACACAAAUUCAAAGGAUGGCUUAGACAUGUAACUGGCUCAGAAACAUGCAUGGAGGUAGGUGAGGGUAAAUGAGGAACUAAUGAUAUAAUGGUAACAAGAAGGAGUGAAAAAAUUAAUAGUCCUGGAUGGGUCUGAAUACCUCCGCCUGUGUGUGGCUUCUCCCUAGCUCAGUGGAAAAGAACCUUAGUGUCUUAGCGGAUAUGGCUAACACUCUACCUCAUUAUUUUCAGGAUUGUGUUAUGUCCUUUCAGUAUUCAAGUACACGUGCCCUACACCAGGUGGGCUGCUCCAUGGCAUAAGAUGCUGAUGACCUCUUCUGUCUUUAUGUCGCUAACCCAAACCUUCCAUCUAAAGGAGCAAACUUAUUAGGAAACUAUUAAUGACCCUGUACUUCGAGUAGGCAGCAGACAAGCCUCCCAUCCUGCAUUUUGUCUGCCUGCAACUACUGUGCCUUGCCAAGAAGAAAGACUUGGACUUGACCACAUUUGGCUGGUAAGGACCCUUUAAAACCCACAUUCAGUUUUUUUCCUUAUAAGCUGAAAUGUGUUUGAAUAUUGUGGGAUGUGCAUGUCAGAUCAAAAUUAGGCUGUCAUAUGUUGGCCAUUGCCUUUGAUACACGCCUUGCCUACAAGGGUAAACAUUUAGGAUGUUGUUAAUGAGCCCCAUACCAGCUCCUAAUUUAUUUAUACUGUCUGAGCGUUACUGCUUUGUACAGGCUGCAUAGGAAUCUGGUAAGCACCACACAGUAAUGUACUCUGUAGGGACAGACAUUUGCAAUCUGUUAGCCAGACUUGUGUAACCUUCUGACACCACUCCUGUCGCUGCAGCUAGAUACAGUGACACUAUUGGCCUCUUAGGCUGUCAUGAGUGUUUACAAGUGAGCUGAAGAUACGGGAUCCCUCAAAUUAAAUUUGCGAAACACGUCAUCUGUUACAUUCUAAUAAUUCAGGACUCACACACUGCCUAAAUUAAAGAAAGAAAGAGUGAACUUUACUUGUUCCCAAGGGAAAAAUACAAAUACUGCAGACUGAGCCAUAGAAAUUCCUGCAGAAGUCCAGUAGAGUAAAAUGUAGGACAGUGAGAUGGAAGUGGUUGGAAUGAACACCAGAACAAGUGGGAAUCAACUUUGAUUCAUUCAAGUACAUUUUCCUACCGUGGUAAGGGUUUUAUAUACUUCUUAAAAUUAAUUUUGCUUUUAUAUAUGAAGGCCAAUAAUGUCUGGUGGCUGAUCUCUGUAUCCUUCUUUCUUCCCGCUAUUAUAUUUUGACUAUUAUUCUUCUUUUUAUCUUUUAAAUUUGGGGUGAAUGACAAUGUUGAUUGUAUGUGCAUGUAACAUACUUUUGUUAUUGUCUUGCAUUUAUAUGUGAAAAUGUUGUCUGCCUCUUAUUGAGAUGGCCAAUUUGGUGUCAGUAAUUUUGUAUGAAUUGUUACUUUGUACCACGUUCACAAUGUUAUUUGCUCUUCAUGCACUUUAUUUGCUAUUUACUGCAUUCUCUUUGUUAGUCAAACUUGUUGUUUUCCUUUUUUAUUCUUUAACUACCCAUCAUCUAAAAUAUUAAUACUAAGUUACCCUUGGUUUAAGGUUGACCACUUUCAUACAUGGCCUAGCUUAUAAGAACAAUUUGUACAAUCAUCUGGCAGCAACGGAUUUGUUACUAAUUGACCCAAAAACAUUGGCUGUGUACAAAUGUAGGUAUCUUUUAAAUUGCUUUUAUUAUAAUCUUACAAGUAACAUAAUAAAAUUUAUAAUAUAGA